UUCAGCGUGAACUAUGGGUGGAGUUUUCGACUCGCGCCAGCAGGAUAUAUCGCUCUAACGUAGAUACAAUGAUUUUAGUUUCAUCCAGGAGAAGUGGAGCACUCAUCCGGGAUAAAGUGGACCAGAAUGGCUUCAACAUUGUGGCAGACCUAUCGCUUACUUGGCAAUACAAGGGUUACGAAGUUGAUAAUCUUUCUGUUGUUUGUUGUGCUUCUAAUCCUGGGUAUGGAUGGGGAAUUACUCAGGAAUAGACUCGCUAUGCCUGCUGCAGGGGAAGAUGACCUUGCAGAGGAGAGGGCACUUGCCAAGGAAAACGGCCUUGCAGAGGAAAAUGACUUAUCGGAUGAGAAUGGACUUGAAGAUAAGAACAGAGUUGCAGGGGAGGAAGAACUUACGAAGGAGAACCCGUUAGCUUGCAAUGUCCCCGCAUUAGAAACCUAUUCACAGUUCGUCAGUGCCUUGAAAACUCUCGAGACACAUUGCAGCAAACCAAAAACAUUCGGUGGGCCGCCGAAGGGGAAACCCGACGCGAAGAAGAUCAUUUGCAUGGACGACAGGUUCAACAUCGACCCCCAAAAUUGCAGUGUGUUUUCUUUCGGCAUCAAUAGAGAUUUCAGCUUUGAGGACGGCAUGGCACGCUAUGGCUGCCAGGUGUUUGCAUACGACCCAACAAUGGGCGUAGAUGAUCACCAGCGUUCGGAAAAAGUGAGAUUCUUCGCCACUGGGAUUUCAAAUUAUAACGGAAAGAAAUUAGUUGGCAUGUCGAAGUCCUGGUCUAUGCAAAAGGUGGACAGGUUCGAGAACUUGGUGAAGGCCGUCGGCAUGGAAGGAAAGGUGAUCGACGUGGUGAAGCUGGACGUGGAGUUGGCGGAGUUAGAUUUCAUGCAAGAUAUGCUGUUCAACUCUCGUCAUGUGCUCAAGAACAUCAAGCAGAUAGCUAUGGAGAUUCAUUCGGAUUUAUACAAAAGAGACAUAGGUCAGCUUUCAUCGCAUCAAGUCUUCUGGCCUUAUCUCAACAUGAUGAGAUGCGCUGGAUUCAAGCUCAUCACAACCAGAUCUGGAGGGAAAUGGAGAGAGGUGGUGUGGGCACAAGAGAAACAAUGGUGAUUCCCUCCGCGAUGCUAGGAGAUAAAACUUCAGUGAUAAAAUUUUCAAUUUCCUUCCAAAAAGCAUAUUGGUGUAGGUGUCUCAUGUCUGUUAUACGAAGUUUUAUGUGAGCUUUAGCUUUUCGUGUUUUGUAUAGCUUUUUAGUAAUAUUCAUGUUUG